GAAGUCAGCACAGAACUACUUCAAAUAACAGACGCGGUGCCUUGCGACAAGCAACACUUGAAGGGAGCUGUUUUUGCUGCGGUCCUUAACCCAAUGUUCGCGCUGGAAUCAUAGCCCGGAGCUUUUAAAGCUGUGAAGAGUACGGGGCUUCUAUGGCGACCACGCUGUCCAGACUUUGCCCAUGCCUGAAAUGCUUGUGGGAAAAAGUCUGCUGCUGCGGACGUUCACCCUACAAGCCUGAUUCUUCCGACUCUGAGUCGGUCCCAGAUUCGCCCAACCGGAACCGGGAAGUGGGAGAUCCUGUGUACACGGCCGAGUGGGACUUUCAAGCCAGGGCGUCGAAUGAGAUCAGCUUCACGCAAGGAGACCAGUUCAAGAUUAUUGAGCGCAGUGGAAAUUGGUGGACCGCAGGGAAACUGGAUGAAUACGGUCAAGUGACUGAAAGGGGAUAUGUCCCUUACAAUUAUCUAGUGAGAGGCGAGAGUCUGCGGGCGCAGCCAUGGUUCUUUGACAAACUGAGUCGCUCAGAAGCAGUUAAUAUGUUGUCAUUUGGAGGCAGUAAUGGAGUAUUUCUCAUGAGAAUCAGUGAAAGAGAACAAGGGAAUUAUGUGAUAUCAGUGAAAUGCAACAAUGUAGUGAAGCACUUCAAAAUCUUGCAGACAGAAAAUGAUGCAUUUUACCUAAAUGUUAAACAUCAAUUCCAAACUCUGGUGGAAAUUGUUGAAUUUUACAAAAACAACAGCUUAAUUGAUGGAAUAAGACUAACUGAACCUUGCAAAAAGUCUGAACCAGUACUAUGGGACUUGUCUACGCACACAGUAGAUUCAUGGAGAAGACCAAAAGAAGAGUUUACAGUUGUCAAGAAACUGGGGACUGGAAAUUUUGGAGAUGUCUAUUUAAGUUAUUAUAAUAAUAAGAUUAAAGUGGCAAUUAAAAUUCUGAAGAAAGAAACUGUGAAGUAUAAAGACUUUGAUUUGGAAACGAAGACUAUGAAGAAUCUUCACCACAAAUAUCUGAUUACACUUUAUGCCACCUGCAUAACAGAGGAUUCAUAUUACAUUGUGACAGAGCUGAUGGCAAAAGGAAGUUUGCUUCAAUAUCUCGGGAGUGAUGAAGGAAUAAGGUUGUCCUCAAACUGCCUUGUGUCUAUGGCGAGCCAAGUCGCUGAAGGAAUGUGUUAUCUGGAGUCACGAAAUUACAUUCACCGGGACCUGGCAGCAAGAAACAUUCUUGUAAACGAAUAUGGCACCUGUAAAGUGGCUGAUUUUGGAUUGGCUCGUCUUAUUGAUGAAGUAUACAUAUCAAAUGCCGAGAAAAUUCCCUACAAAUGGACAGCCCCUGAAGCAAUAACCCAUGGACGUUACUCUGUUAAAUCUGAUGUAUGGUCAUUUGGAAUACUUCUAUUUGAGAUUAUGAGCUAUGGUCAAAUACCAUAUUCAGGGAUGUCUACCAAUUUGGCUGUUGAAAGAGUAAAAACUGGGUACCGCAUGCCACUACCAGAAAACUGCCCUGACAUUAUUUAUAAAUUGAUGUUGGCCUGUUGGAAUGACAGACCUAAGGAACGGCCAUCAUUCAAAGAACUAAGCGAGCAGCUUGUAAACUUCAACCAGAAUGAGGAAGGUUUUGCCUAGCUCAAAAUGUCUGAAGUAUACGGAAUAUUUAUAUUCAAGCACACUUGAAGAGGAGCUCAAUAAGAAAAUAUAAGUGCUCAAAAAAUUAAAGAAACAAUGUUUAAUAAGUGCUCAAAAAAUUAAAGGAACAAUGUUUAAUAAGUGCUCAAAAAAUUAAAGGAACACUGUUUAAUCAGAGUACAGCAUCAAGUCAAUGAAAUCUCUGGGCUAUUGAUGUGGUCAGUUAAGUAGCAGAGGGGGUUGUUAAUCAGUUUCAGCUGCUUUGGUGUUACACCAGAACACAUUGAAACACAUCGUCCCGAGGAUUCAUCUGUGCAACCACUUCUGCUACCACUUGUCACGCUUGUGACACAAAGUUCCACAGAUACACUCAGGAAAUUCCAGAGACAAAAAAACUUUAUUCAAACACUUUGAAAACAAAUAGUCUCUUUCAGGAGUGACCCAGGCUCCGUGUCAACCCGGAGGGCACAGCUCCAUCUCUCAAUUAAAAGAACAGAAAAUCUUCCUCUUCAAAGAGGUGCGCCUCAGGAGCAGGAGCCCCAACAGGAGCAAAGGAUGUCUGGGGAAAGAGGGACAAAGCAGUGAGACAAAAGGACAGCUGCAGUACAGGCUUUUAAAUGUUCGAAGCACCGCACGAGAUGCGGAUCGUGCGGCACGGCAGCAGCAGCAAGCCUGCAGCUGAUCUAGCAAAGAGGAGAUAAACUAUUAGUUUCCCAUUGAAGCACUGUUUAAGUAUAUAUAAACUGCUCAAAAAAAUUAAAGCAACACUUUUUAAUCAGAGUAUAACAUCAAGUCAAUGAAACUUCUGGGCUAUUGAUCUGGUCAGUUAAGUAGCAGAGGGGGUUGUUGAUCAGUUUCAGCUGCUUUGGUGUUAAUGAAAUUAACAACAGGUGCUCUAGAGGGGCAACAAUGAGACGACCUCCAAAACAGCAAUGGUUUAACAGGUGGAGGCCACUGACAUUUAUCCCUCCUCAUCUUUUCUGACUGUUUUUUCACUAGUUUUGCAUUGGCUAUGGUCAGUGUCUCUACUGGCAGCAUGAGGCGAUACCUGGACCCUACAGAGGUUACACAGGUAGUCCAACUUCUCCAGGAUGGCACAUCAAUACAUGCUAUUUCCAGAAGGUUUGCUCUGUCUCCCGGUACAGUCUCAAGGGCAUGGAGGAGAGUCCAGGAGACAGGCAGUUACUCUAAGAGAGUUGGACAGGGCCCCUCAUAGAAGAUCUUACCCCAUCAGUAUGUCCGGUAUCUGCUCCUUUGGGCAAGAAGGAACAGGAUGAGCACUGCCAGAGCCCUACAAAAUGACCUCCAGCAGGCCACUGGUGUGAAUGUCUCUGACCAAACAAUCAGAAACAGAUUUCAUGAGGGUGGUCUGAAUGAGGGCCAGACAUCCUCUAGUGGGCCCUGUGCUCACUGCCUGGCACCGUGGAGCUUGACUGGCUAUUGCCAUAGAAUACCAGAAUUGGCAGGUCCACCACUGGCACCCUGUGCUUUUGAGAGAUGGGAGCACAUGUGACAGACGUAAAAGGGUCUGGAGAAGCCGUGGAGAACAUUAUACUGCUUGUAACAUUCAGCAUGACCGGUUGGUGGUGGGUCAGUAAUGGUCUGGGAAGGCAUAUCAAUGGAGGGAUGCACAGACCUCUACAAGCUAGACAACAGCACCUUGACU